AUUUGUACUUUCCAUCCUGUAAAGUAAGUAUAUUUUUGCACCACGGUUUAAAAAAAAAAAAAAGCAGCCGGACGCUUUAUCGUGCGACACCGGCCGGAACUGUAUCACUGCCCGGAAACGACCACUCUGUGUGUGAAACGAACAUAAGCGCCUACAGGAAGACGGGGACAUUAAAAAAAAUGACACAGAGGGGAAAAAAAUUUGGUUAAUAAAACUGAUUAAAGCAAAAGAGAGAGCCCUGGGAAGGACGAAUCCGAUUGAGAAGCGGUUCAGCGACCGAAAAUAGGUCGCUGUGGAAAAGCGAUCACUUUGCAUUAUCCAGCUAACCGAGCGGAAAUUGGGUUUGGUUUAACGGGGCGACAACAGAGCUCUCGGGCCAAUGGAGAGGCCUGUGAAACUGUUUUCGACGGGAGGAUGAGGAAAAAUGACCCGCUAACCUGAAAUCGGAAACCGCCUUUGUGUACAUGUACGUUUCGGCGCCUUUUUCUUUUCUCCUUUUUGCAUAGAACUCCUUUCAUGUUGUACUUUCGAGCAGGACGACUUGUUUGUACAUGAUAAGCGUAUGACACACACCAAGUCGGAUGGUUUAAUGGUGCACCGAUGAACGGUGAAACAGAAUACCGUGUUUAUUUAGCUCACGUUAGCUAACUAGCUAGAUGUAUCGAGAGCUCGACUGCAGGCUGGUGAAGUAACCAGUGAGCACACUGCCUCGACACAUUACACAUUCAUAAUCAUUUAACACCGUUAAAUAAUCACUAUAUAAUACUUUUUAAAAUAUUUUUGGACACCCGUGAAUAUUUUGUAGCAGUUGCCAAAUGGCUCGGAGUUGCUUGGAAUUUUGAUAUGCAUAUCGAUAUAUCUAUUUUAAAGUUUCAAUUUGUUAGCAUUUUGAAUAUUUAUAAACUUUGAGGGAUGUGAUUUAUUAUAAAAAUAAUAAUUAAAAAAGCCUUCAGUCCCUCAUUCUGUUCCGAGCUAACAAAACUCUGAGUAACCGGAGUAAGAGCACCGACACUGAACACUUCAGCACAAGUGUGUGUUACAAUUUCCCUUCACUGGAACUGAGGAACCCAAACUUGUUCCAGCAUGACAAUGCCCCUGUGCACCAAGCUCCUUGAAGGUCCAUGGUUUGCCAAGAUUGGGUGGAAGAUCUCGAGGGUUCUGCACAGCGCCCUGACCUCAGCCCCACUGAGCACCUUUGGGAUAAACUGGAAUAUCGACUACACUCCAGAUGUCUUCAUCCAGCAUCAGCACCUGAACACACAUCCCCACAGCCACGCCCUAAAACCUAGUGGAAAGCCUUCCUACAAGAGUGGAGCUGCUUGUAACAGUAAAGAAGGACUAAAUCUGGAAUGCAAGGUUCAACAAGCACAUAUUAGUGUGACGGUCAGGUGUCCACAUACUUUUGGACAUGCAACAUGUCUGUGAACACUGGGCCAAUUAUUUUAUUAUUCAGUAACCAGAGUGUGUGUAGCUGGUGCUCAUGAUCGUCUUGCAGUUAUGGGAAUGAGGUUGCUGACUGCAGACAGAGGUUACUACUGGAUCAUAUCGCUGCAGUGCUCGUGGUCUUCCAACUUGGGACUUCAUCCCAUUCAGUGGACAUUCUGACAUUGCUUCUUUUGCCUUUUCACUGUGAUUUGAACUGAACUGCAAAGACAGUAUUGAAGAAGGAACACACAAAUGGGGACCAUUUCUCUAAAUGCCUGUGAGAUAAAUAAGUAAGAGAACAUUCCCUCACCGCAACAAGGGAACGAGAAGGAACCAGAGGACUGUCCCUCAACAGUGAGGGAAAUGUUCCAGUUUGGAAAGUACCCUAUGGACAUUUUAGAAAUGCUUAGUGGGCACCAGGCUCAUCAGUUCAAAGGCCUAGGGUUUGAACGACAGCUGCAGCACCAACAGCAACUUCAGCACCAGCAACAGUUACAGCAGCAGCAACAACAGGGCGAGGCCUCUGGAGCUCUCCUCUCUGGGCUUGGCCUAAGUUCCCUUCAAGGCUCUAGAAGUAAUGCGUUUUCAGAUUCCUCGUCGAUUUUUGCCAAAAUGAGUGCACCACCUCCACCCAUCCCCCAGCAAACACAGACUUCUUCAUCACAGAGCUCUCGCAAAUCUAGUAAGAUGAGCACCACUGGCAGUUCAACUUCUGGAUACCCACAAUUUUUGCGUCCUUUUCACCCUGCAGAAGCUGCUCUAGCACAGGAGCAACUUCACUCGGGGAUGGGACGGUUUGAUUUUGCAGGAGGCAGUAGUACUGGUGGUUCUGGAGUGAUUGGAGGAGUUGUAACAUCUGCUCCCCCACCACCCCCACCCCCACCCCUGCACCCAGGUCUCUCCGUGCCUCAACCAUCACCUGGACCAUCUUCUUCAUCACCUUCUCCCUCCAGUUCAACCACCACCUCCAAUAACCCUGCUACCAGCAGCAGUACAGUUGCUGGACUGGUUGGGGCUCAGACUGAGGCACGUAGUUUACACCAGCAAUUUAGUUGCAUGCUUGCAGCCAACCAAUACUUCCUUUCUGGAAUGCCUACCAAUGCUAGCCUUGAGCAGUUCCUAGUUCAGCAGGGUCCCCAUAAUCAUCUUGGUCUUACAGACUCAAACACAGGUCUAGCUCCUCCCCCAGCACUUCACCCCUCUCACUCACAUGGCCACGCAGCCCCUCAGCCUCAGCAGCAACAACAGCAGCUACCACCACAUGCAUUGUCACACCCUCACAGCCAUGCCCACCCACAUCACCCUCUUCACCCUGCCCCUCAGCCAUCACCAAUUAGUGGAUUUGAUUUUCAAGGCAUCCCUGUUCUUUCUUCUAAUCAGCUAGCUUCCUUAAUGCAACAGGAAGCUGGACUUCCUCUUCCACUUCCACUUCAUCUCUCUGCCCCAAAGGAUGAUGGGAAAGGGGAUGGUACGCCUGUGGCUGGAGGAAGCGGAGGUAGUGGCAGCAGAAGAAAGAAAGCAAUGGCUGGAUACUUGCCCCAGAGGAAAUCUGAUGGCAGUAGUGGCAGUAGUAGCAGUACUAAUUGCCAUACCAACUCUGGGGCACAUGGCCAUAAUGGGUCUUCUGGCCUUGUUGGAGGAGGUGCAGGGGUUGGCUUGAGAGGUCUUAGUAGUGACCCCUCCUCAAUCCUCUCCUCUUCAACACCAUCCUCCUCCUCUUCUUCGACUGUCUCUUCCUCUGCCCCCUCCUCAAAUUCUGCCUCUGUGUUGGUAACAAAUGUUUCACAGAUACCCAAAUCUGAUAAUCAAUCUGCAAUGACUCCCACUGUUACUCAGCCUGAGCCUUAUCACUGUGGACAGUGCGGCAAAUCAUUCACACAUCUUCCUAGUCUCCGUAGACACAUACGUAGCCAUGAAGAAGGGGUUAAUGGUCGCAAUAGCAGUGUCAACACAACUUCAAAUACGGUCCAUCAACAUCAGUCAGAUACAAGUCUCCCUCACUCAACACAAGAUGGCAUAUCUCAGCAAAAUGCCCAUCAUCAACAUGAACCAAGUCAGUCCAAUCCAGACCCUUCCUCUUCAUGCCCAAGUCCAGAUAAGACAUAUUGUUGCAGUGAAUGUGGGAAAGGUUUCAAGAAAAGAGGACAUCUCCUUCAGCAUGGUGUUAUACAUUCUGGGGCACGACCAUAUGCUUGUUCUACCUGUGAGAGAUCUUUUAACCGGCGUGAAUCUCUUACUCGACAUGAGAAGAUUCAUGAGGAUAAGCCUUACCGCUGUCCAGCUUGUGAUCGCUGCUUUAGAGAGAGUACCUCUUUGCUUAACCAUGCUGCCUCUGGCUCAUGUGGCAAACCAGGUAGGGGAUCAAGUUCGAGAAGCAGUGAUGGCAGUUCAGUGAGUUCCGAAGACAAGGUUGAAGGUAGUGAAUACCAAGGUGCACAAAUAGGAAAUGAAAAAGAAUUGUGUUAUCCGAAAGUUGAGGGAGGUACAACAGAGAUGUCCUGUGAUGGCCUGUAUCCACAAGGGAGAGGAGGGAAUCCAAAUACUGGUGAUAAACCAGAAGGCAAAUAUAAUUCAGCAUAUUCAAGAGAUCCCUACCAAACAUCCUAUAGAGUUGAUGAUUAUCGUCGCCCACAGAAUACCCUGACCUCAUACUCUGGAGAUGGCUCUUGUACUAACAACAUGUCAGGCCCUGCCCUCAGGAAAGCCCCCCUAGCUCCAACACUUCACCCACACCCUCCAAAUCAGCAACAGCAUCACCAUCACCAACCACAUCUUCCCCUUUCCUCUCUUCUAGACGACUCAGAAGAUGAGGUUACUAGCAGUGCCAUGUCUGCGAUAGCUGCCGCUGCUGCUGCCUCUGUCUUGCCUGAAAUCAACAGCAGUGGGGGAAGAGAGGAACGAAGAGAUAUAAUUGGAGGUUUAUUGGGGGGUCUUGGCUUUGCGUCUUUGGGUGGCCCAUCUUCUACAUCUGCAGGAAAUGGAGGAAAUGACGAGUGUUUGAAUGGAUCCAUGAUGCCUUUGUCUCAUCCUGCCCAGCAGCAGCCUAAUUCACAAAAUGUCACCUCUAAUGCCAAACCGAAGCGGCCAAGGAAGCCUAGACAAAAGAGGGAACCUAGGCCUGGUGGUAUCCCUGGAGAGGGUGUUAAGCGUAGGCGGAAUAACCAGAAUGGGGCUCGAGGGGAUGGAACAGAAAGGCCUUAUUUAUGCACUGUUUGUGGGCGUGGCUUUGGCAGACGCGAGACCCUCCGAAGGCAUGAACGUGUUCAUACAGGAGAAAAGCCAUUCCAUUGUGACGUUUGUGGCAAAGAUUUUCGAGAACCUUUCCAUCUCACUAAACAUCAGACUGUUCAUUCAGGGGAGAAGAAUUACAAAUGCUCCCUUUGUGGAAAAGAUUUUGGGUAUGCCCAAAGUCUGAAAAGACAUGAAAAGCUGCACCUCAGAGGGGAUUUCAAGCCAAGACGGAGUAAAACCAAGUCUUUGGCAAAUCAAGGAGGAACAGUUCAAGAUAGCAGUCAAGCAGCCCCUGGAUCAUAUUACCCUUUUUCUCAAAAUAAAGCUCAAGCAUCCAAUGCUAGCACAUCCAACCAACCCCCUCCUAAGCUUUAUACGUGUGAAAUUUGCUGGAAGUCAUUUCGCCAUCACUUCCAUUUGACUGCUCAUCACCAAGCCAUUCAUGAACAUGGUGGGGAGAAACUGUUUUCAUGCGAGGUGUGUGGAAAAGCCUUUGCUUACUCCAACAGUCUGACGAGACAUCGCUUAUCUCAGCAUGGUUUAGCACGUGCUGGACCAACCACCCAGCCAACAGGAAGUGGAUCUAGUGGAAAUGCAUCAUCCUUAACAGAAAGUGAGGCUGCCACUAAUGUUCUUCUUAGUCUGGCUCCAGACAAUGCAAGUCAUGGUGUACAGCAGGCACAUUCAACCAUUGCUCAUACACAGCAUCUUCACUCUCAACCUGCUGGCUAUUCCCCCCUCUUCUAUACACCAGAGUCAGGUCCACAUAGUUCGAAUACCAAUGCCCCUUCACACCCUCAACACCCUCAGUACUCACACUCCACUAUAGGGACCCUUUCCCAUCAGCCUGUAAGUGCGAAGGGACAACAGAUUUAUCAAGGGAUUACAGGAAACCCCAUUCAUUCUGCUCCCCCUCAUAUCCACAUUUCAUCCUCUCCACUCCAUAUUUCUCAGUACCACCACCAGCCACACUCUUUUCAAAUGCAGCCCCAGCAUCUGCAUCAUCAACUUUUACAGGCGCAUGGAGAUGUUGCCCAGAAAAAUAAAAAAAAAAAGAAAAAAUAUAGAUUCUUUGGUGGGGGACAGCUGAUUGGUGGAUUCAGUCAAUUUGAGAGUGCAAGAUGGCAUAGAUUUUUGUGGAGAAAGAAAAGAAGGCUUCAGCAGCAGCUUAAAAGGAAAAGGUGGAUAGCCCAGUUAAAGUGGGUCAAGUAUACUGGAGGAAUUGGGAUUAAUUUAGGGAUUGGUACGUGGCGUGUAGGUCAGCUGAAAUUGAGAGGUUUGAGGUCUUUGAUGGUUCCCUUAAGGUUCUUUACAUGCCCCAUCUGUCCUUCCACCACCUUUACACGCCGAAUAACCCAUUCAGUUCACCGUGUGAUAAGGCACCCCCCAAGGAAACAUGGCUGUCGGGCUCGCCUGCGGUGUAUAGUUUGUGGUAAGCGUUCUCGAAGGCUCCUCUCAGCUCUUCGCCAUCGGGCUCGGCACCUUUCCCAAGGAUCUUUCUCUUGCCCCCAAUGCCCCUCACGGUUUUGGAAUGCUGCCCUACUACAGAGGCACAAAUUUGCUUGUAGACGUGUUGGUAGAGGACGAAAAACACCAAAGGGGACUUAUUCUCAGAAAGGAGAGUAUUAUAUGGAAAGGUCAGGUGGCAUUGCAGAGUACAGGCACUAAGUAUUUUUCACUCUGAAGAAAGUAUGACCGUAAAAACUGAUGAGUUUUAAAAACCUAGAGACCCCUAAUGCACAGUGGAAGUUCUGCUUUGAAUCCACUACAUAUUUACAGUCACAGACGCACUCAUUAUAUAGAUGGUCUCUGGUUCAAGCCAAGGGAGUGCCUCCAAUAACAACAUGAACAUUUUAAGCCUGUAUCUAAACAAGAAAAGACAAAACACACAUCCAUUAAGGACAUGGAUCUGAAACAUGGUUUCUCCAAAGGGGAAGAAUAUUUUAGAUUAUGGGACUAUUUGGUAGCACCUUUUGUUGUUAUAGUAGCAUCUCUAUCCUUUAAAACACAUUCAUUACGUAUUUUCGUAACUUUUUUUUUGUGCUGCGAUAAUGAAUGCAAACCAGUAAGAGUGAACUAAUCUUAACGGUAACAUAUUUUUCUCUAAGUGACUUUCCCCUUAUUACUUAAAAUUUUGGACAGUAUAGUCUUUUAUUUUGAAAUAUAUGUAACUUUCUGUUUCUUGUGGCCUACCCCCAGUAGUCUUGUGUUUUAUAGAAAUGCUUGUCCUGGGACUAAUGUUGCUGUUUGAGAUGUUGUUGAACAUUGUUUAUUCUCUAAGGACAAAUGUACUAAGACACUUAGGUUUUCAACCCUUAACAUUGAAAACUAAUUCUCAUUCUUGCCUCAAAACUUUCAAAUCAUGUGAAAAUUGUUGCAUAACUGAUGGGGUGGGGGCACCAUAGCUCAAUAGAUGCCAUGUUCCAUGAAUUUAAUGUCACCUGUUUUUUAAGAAAUAUGUAAUUUUGUAGGUAUUUCUAUGACAAGUGUUAUAUCUUUGGUUGUGAUGAUGGAUUGGCGUGAGUAAGAGUGGAGAACCCAGUCCGUACUGUAAAAUGCGUAUUAUAUUUUAUGUAUCAAUUGUUUUUGUUGCUUUUUUUUUAUUCUUCAGAGUGCAAGUUUUUUAAUCAUUUGUACUAUUUGUGGUUGGGCGUGUGUAUGUUUUAAGAUGAGGGGAAUAUAUGUAACAAUGUGUUUUUUUUUUUUUUUCCUUUUUAUCCUCCCUCCCCCACCCUCCCCCAUUGUCUAAUCUAAACAAGUAUAGCACAGGUCCCCAACACUAUUGUAUACAUUUCAAUACUUUGCUUAGCUCCUCUGUCCCAGUGUAAUCUCAGUAAACUAAAAUAUGGCAUAUAAAUACUAAACUAUUGUUUUUUUUCUUCCUGUUUUCUGCAACAGCAAAAAGUAGUAAACCACAAUUAAAAAAAAAAAAAAAGCAAACAAAAAAACCUGAAAGUCACCGAAGAUGGUUUGAUAUUAUUUGGAAGAACAAAUAAUCUCUCAUCAAAUAAGCUCAGCUCUUUAAGCUUGGCCUCAUGACGAAGAAAGGCCUGGCGUUAAGGGCAUGUAGAUGGUAUUGAUGACAAAAGGCUCAAAAAUGGACCAGGUGGCAUGCACCUGGCACUUGCAGUGCUGCCUUGCCUUUCUGGAGCUGUUUCCCCACUCACAUGUUCUGGCACAUGCCCUCUGCAGUGCCAUACGCCAUUAGAGACGGGGAGGAGAAUGCCUGCAGGGUUGCCGUGGCAGAGGCACACAGCCGUCUGUUCUUUGAGUUUCUCGCUUUCUGCAACCUAGUGCAAUGAGUUCAACGCUGUUUUGGAUUUUAUUCUCCCGUAAAGGGUCUGAACUCAUUUGGAGUUACUGAUAGUAAAUCAGUCAUAACUGAUGUGAAAGGUACAGAACGUUUUAGAAUGAUUGUUUUUUUUUUUUUUUGAAGUUAUACCAGGCUUUUUAAAAAAGGUUAUACAUAUCUUACGAUGCAGUGCACAAGAAGUUCACUAGAUGGUGGUAAAAGACCCAGAUGUGAUCACUUCAUGGUGCCUUCCUGAUGAGUGUUUUGCAGGGUGGGGAAAAAAAAGCCUUGAACACAGCAGUAUGUUUUGAAAUUAAAUUGUAUAAUGGAA